CCGUGGUCUGGCAGGUUGGAGUAAGCCGGGCAGGACCCCUGACACCAACAAUAUUGGAACAAUAUGCAAUCCAACUGAAAUGCAUACCCAUAUCAUUCACCACUAGAACCACAGCGAUGCCUGCAGUAUCCGGUUCAUCUUCUCGCGCCCUGAACGCGAUCCUACCGCUUGUCGCGUCUGGGCAGCCCUACGAAGCGCACCAGAAAGCACGCACCUUCGCUUCACGGUACAGCAAGUCUGGGCAGUACGACACUGCCAUCGACGUGCUCUUCCAGAGUGCGAGAGAACUCCUGAAAGUUGGCCAGCAGGGAAGCGGAACAGAUUUGACGCUGUUCCUUUUGGAAGUAUAUGAAAGCAAGGGCGAGGCCGUGGAUGAUGAGUCUCGAGGGAGACUAACACAACUCAUCGCGCUGACUGGAUCAUCCGGAUCAUGGAGGAAAACGAUCAUUGAUAGAUCUAUAUCAUGGUCAGCCAGACAUGGUGAUUGUCCCGCAGGUGACCAAGACCUGCAUCACUAUAUCGGAGAGCUCUUAUAUAAAGAUGGGGCUUUCGAUGCGGCAGAACCUCACUUCCUUGCGUCAGGAAAAAGGGAUAGCGCACGUUCACUAGCGAACAUGAUGAUAGAAUGGUCAGCAGCGGGUGGAGCUCUAGGGAACUUUGCCCUUCGAGGUACACUUCCAUAUCUACAAAAUGGCAACAUCGUCGGAGCUCGCACAUUCAUUUCGCAGUUCAUUGCACAAGUGAUUUCAUCUCGACCGAAACUGAUUUCGCCACUGCAAUCAUCUCCAUUGCCUGUCACUCCUACGGGUGAAAUCACACAUACGACUGAGCCUGUGCUCAACUUCUGUCAGCUUGCUGUCUUGACAUGUCAACGGGCAAAUGGGGAUAAGAAUAAAGUGAUGCGCGAGAGCUGGGUGAGGCUUUGUGGAACAUAUCAAUCUAAAGGUGGCGUCUUAGCGACCAGGGAGGUUCGGACGACACUACAGGAGAUAGCAACGUUGUACUUUGCAAUUCCUCCGCCACGCACUCAGCCUGAUAAUCCAUUGGGAGCUAUGAUUUCCUCUAUGCUGGGCGGUGGGAUGCCGGGAGGAGGGGCCCCUCCGCGGCGGAUGCUGUCUCCCGCUGUGAGCGGACUAUCAGCUCCAGGACUGGAUUAGUCUCCAUUCAAAAGCUUCUGAUUGGGUGUAGUUUGGGUUUCAGCGGGACGGACAUGAGAGGAUAAGGUAAUCGAAAGGGACGUGUUAUUAGGUAUCUUGUAUCAAAACGCAUUCGUCGUACGUAUUUUACUUUACAUACACAAUCACUCUUUGCUAUACCUGUUCUGUCCGUGCACUUGUUCUUCGUUCCAGAUUAUCCUGGCAUCUCCGCAACGAACUCUCCUCAGUCCCUCAAUUCGAAGACUGAGGUCAAUAUUAGUAUUUGCUGACGCAUGAUAUUUCUCAUUCUAAUUACCUAUAUAGUCCUCCUUUUGUGCCUAGUCCGAGCCUCUCUUCA